AUGAAGCAUUCAAAGAAGACUUAUGACUCUUUUCAAGAUGAACUUGAAGAUUAUAUCAAAGUGCAGAAAGCCAGAGGCUUAGAGCCAAAGACUUGUUUCAGGAAGAUGAGAGAGGAUUAUUUGGAAACCUAUGGGUACAAAGAAGAGGUCGACUCUAGACCCAGGUGUAGAAUGUUUGAGCAAAGACUCCCAUAUGGAACCGUCCAAACCUACCCAAGAUCAUGCAGUAUUUCACAAAGAGUGGAAAAGCAGUUACCUCAGUGGCUACCAGCUCAUGACAGCAGGCUGAGACUAGACUCCCUGAGCUGCUUUCAGGUCACCAGGGACUGUUUCUCAGGAAAGCCUGUACCCCCGAACCUGAGUCAGCACGAGUCUAACUGUAGCGCAUACAGUGUAGAAUCUGGAGUUUACAGGUACCUCUCCUCAGAAAAUAGUACCAGUGCCCAUCAGGCUAGUUAUAAACACAUACACCAGAAGAGGAAAAGGCACACAGAGGAAGGCAGAGAAAAGCCAGAGGAGGAGCGGCCCAAGCAUAAGAGGAAAAAAUCUUAUGAGGAAAUAGAUUUAGACAAAUAUAAGAGCAUCCAAACAAGCAAAACGGAGGCAGAAACAGUCAGAGUCAGUACAGAAAAGCUUAAGAACCGGAAGGAGAAAAAAAGCCGAGAUGUAGCCUCUAAGAAAGAGGAACGUAAGCGCAGAAAAGAGAAAAAGGAACAAGGCCAAGAAAGGACAGAGGAGGAAAUGCUUUGGGACCAGUCUAUCCUUGGAUUUUGA